CGACAUCCUCAAACGCCAUGGUUUGUGUCCCCCGGAAACAACCAUACGGAAUUAUUUGUUGGCAAAACAAAAAUAAUUCAACUUUUUAGGCAUUUUUCGUUCCAUUUCGUUUGCAAAAGAGAACGGAAUUGUGAUGGCUCCUCGGUUCUCUCGCACCUAAUCUUAAUUCCUCUCCCCUCUCCCCGUCUCCCUCAAUUUCUUCUCCUCAGAUCGCUCUGCUUCAUUUUCGAAAUGCCAAUGGCCUUCCCUUCCGUUUCUUAUCUACGCUAACUCCCGACACUCCUCCUAUGAUCCAAUUCUCGGAAAUUAACAGACCCAUCAAAGAUUUGUCUCGUUUCGUGCUCCUAUCUCAUUCUCAAUCCGCCUCCGUAGCAGCCGGGGACCUGUUUCUCGAUCGCUAUCUCAGAUUUUUCUUUCAAUCCCGCCCGAAUUCUGCAGCUUCGGUAGCCGGGCAUCUGCUUCUUGGGCGAAAGUUCAAUUUUUUCUACUUGCAUUCGUCUGUGGGAAGCAAUGGUGACUGUGAAUCUCGGGAUGCUCCAUUACGUGCUCGACCACGUUUACGGGGCGUUCAUGCACCGGACGAAGCUGAGCCCCCCGUUCUUCUCGAGGGGGUGGGGAGGGACGAAGCUCGACCUGCUGGAGAAGAUGAUAAGGGAGCUCUUCCCUGACGCGGCGGGGCAGAACUGGCCCCCGGCAUUGAUUCAGCCCAUCUGGAGGACCGUCUGGGAGACCAGGACGGCCUGCCUCAGGGAAGGCGUCUUCAAGACGCCCUGCGACGAGCAGAUUCUGAGUGCCCUGCCCCCGGAAAGCCACACCGCGCGGGUUGCUUUCCUCGUCCCCAAAUCUGUUCCUCCUCAGAAGCUGGCCUGUGUUGUUCACCUCGCAGGAACCGGAGAUCAUACCUUCGAAAGGAGAUUGCGUCUCGGUGGACCCUUGUUAAAGGAGAAUAUAGCCACCAUGGUGCUCGAGAGUCCAUUUUAUGGGCAAAGACGGCCUCUUCUGCAGCGUGGGGCGAAAUUAUUGUGUGUAAGUGACUUGCUGUUGUUAGGCAGAGCCACCAUUGAAGAGGCCCGAAGUCUCUUAUAUUGGUUGGAAUCUGAGGAAGGAUUUGGGAAGAUGGGUGUUUGUGGCCUUAGCAUGGGUGGAGUGCAUGCUGCAAUGGUCGGAUCUCUCCACCCAACUCCGGUGGCGACCCUUCCCUUUCUAUCUCCGCACUCCGCGGUUGUGGCUUUCUGUGAGGGGAUACUGAAGCAUGGGACAGCCUGGGAGGUCCUGAGGGAGGACCUUCAAGCUCAGAGUGCGACAAUGACUCUUGAAGAAGUGAGGGAAAGGAUGCGAAAUGUGCUCUCUCUCACUGAUGUGACCCGCUUCCCUAUCCCAAAGAACCCCGAGGCUGUGAUAUUCGUCGCAGCAACUGAUGAUGGGUAUAUCCCAAAGCAUUCGGUGCUGGAGCUCCAGAAGGCUUGGCCAGGUUCGGAGGUCCGGUGGGUUACUGGAGGGCACGUAUCGUCCUUCAUUCUCCACAAUGGCGAGUUUCGAAGAGCAAUAGUCGAUGGACUGAGUCGAUUACAGUGGAAAGAGGAUCCCUUGUGACAGAACGCAGCUCCCUCGGUGCCUGUACAAAGAGCUAGACUUCACCUCACCAUUCCUUUCUUUUUUCUGCUAAUCAUCUAUUUCAAACCUGUACAUUAUAAGACUACUAUAUCAUCGGUCUCCCCGGUUUAUGGGGGAGAGAUGAGGCAAACCUGUGAAUAGUCCUCCCACUUACAUUCCCCCAUUAACACGGGAAGGUUCGUCGCAAUGUCACAUUUGCAAUGUUGAAUAUUAUUCGGAUCUCACGCAUUCGAUUUA